CGCAGCUGCACGUCUGCUCACGCGCUCCUCCUCUUACCUUCUCCUGCUCCUCUCGGAGCCUGUGAACUCCUCCGAGGGGCUCCAUGUCCGCUCUACCUCCUCCUCCAGCCAUCGUUACUCCGCACGUGCGCAGAAACACAAAGACCCGAACCUUCCUGAAGGCAGCACCGCUGAUCUCCCAUCAGGCAUUGCGGCAUCGACAUAAACAAGCUAGCCGAAGAUGACGAGCAGUGAAGUCUAACUUCUUAUAAAAUGAUCUCACCGCGUUAAGAACCACUGGGAAGAUUUCAUCAUUUUGUAAGCAUGGGCCCUCGAGUUGAUGAAGUCAUGAAGCUCUGCUGUGAGUUAUCGGCCAACCAGCAGAUUAAGACCGCUGUGAAAAGCUCUGGGAAGGGAGCGGCGGCGGCUGGUGGGCUGGCCUUUGCUGGAGGCCUGUUUGGAGGCCCUCUCGGAAUUGCAGUGGGUGGCGCUGUGGGCGGGCUCCUUGGCUGCUGGCUGACCAGUGGCGAGUUCAAACCGCUGCCUCAGAUCAUCAUGGAGCUGAGCCCCCCGCAGCAGCAGAAGCUCUACGACGACGUGAUGGCCGUCCUCGGAGACGUUCAGUGGACGGACGUGGCUCAGCUGCUCGCUCUGGUGAUGAGCAACGGCGCGCUGAAGCAGCAGCUGACCGCCGCUCUGGUUGGUUUCGUCACCAAGGAGUUACAGGCAGAGGUGCACUACGUGGACUGAUGUCCUUCUGAACUAAGACUGAAAGGAUUUCAGGAUGAAGGAGAAUUUUAGUGGAAAAUUUAUAUUUCUGGACAUGUAAAGGUGCCAUCACAAUCUUUUAGAGCUACGAUUUAAAGCAGAUCCUUAAAACUGAAAUACGAUGAUGUAUUACUACGGACUCAGACGACAUUCAGAUAUUUCACCUUUAAACAACUGCCUAUAAUUAUGUUUUUGUCAUGAAUAAGCUUUCAGAUCUUUAUAAUCCACGUGUAAAGCCUUAUUUAUUUUGUGCAGCGACAGAAGAGACUGUUGUUGGACUGAAGGAGCCAAACCUUUGUUGUAUAUUCGUCAUUCACAUGAACCAUCAGCUGGUUUGCACUUUAUUGUGUUUGUUUUUAAUUAAAAAAAGAAAGUGGUCAGCAGGUGC